GAAAGAUCACUUUAUAAGAGAUAUGCAUGGAAUAGCCAAAAUAAACAAGUUAAAAUCUCAGAAACGCGCUGGUGGAGAAGAAGAUGACUACAAAAUGGAUCCUCACCCUCCUCUGGAUCGGCACCCUCGUGGAAGUAGGGGCAGGAGACCGGCCCUACAUCCACCCAUUUUUUUUAAUUAUCUGCAAUCAAUCGGAGUCGUCAAUGCAGGUGGAUGGGGAGGAGGACUUCCUGCCCGAGUUGAUUGGAGAUAACGACAUCCUGGUGAAUGGCUCCUGGAGGAUGUGGUGGGAAGAGGAGGAGGAGGAACAGGUGAAGCCCAGCGUCCAGGCGCGGAACUAUUUGUACCAUCUCCAGGCCUCUCUAGGCCAUUCCUGGCUGUCCCACUGGACCUCGCAGGAAGGGUCAGGGGUGACGGUGCUAUCGCCCAUGUACCUCCAGGUAGUCCUGGCCGCACUGUCCCUGGGCGCAGACGGAUCAACCCUCGACAACCUUCAGAUGAUCUUGGGCCUCUCACACAGCGAGUGUGGAGGCAGCAGCAGUGGCGACCAGCACUCCCUGGGCAUGCGGCAGCAGCUCUGGCUGCUCCUCCGCAAUGUCCUCGCCCAGCACCACGGCUCGUUGUCCAUCGGCACCUGGAUGAUCUUCCAGGACAGAAUAUGGCUCCGGCGGACAUUCACCGAGCACCUCCGGCUCUUCCACCCUGAGGUAUGGCUGGGAGCCACCGACUUCAGCCAGCCCCCACUGGCAGAGGAGUCAAUCAACAACGUCAUCCGCCGAGCGACGGGUGGCCGGCUGAACAACCUGGUGACCGGCCUGAACCCCAGCACUAAACUGGUGGUAGCCAGUUUCAUCCAUUUUAAAGGAAAAUGGAAAACCAGAUCUCAAUGCCAUGGGACAGAACUUCACGAUUUCUUCAACGAUUCAGGAGACAAAGCCCAAGUUCCUAUGACAACUUGGUGUGGCUGGCUUCAGUACAAGACUACCCCUGAAUAUACACUCAUUAAACUCCCAUUGAGUGAGACAAUGUAUAUGAUACUAAUUCAAACAGUCCAACCGGCCACUGUGGAGAAAAUUGCACAAAUGCUGGCAGUCUACCAAACCUUGAAGCAUUUUCAGACUGGGUUUGUGAGACUCGUGAUGCCGCAGUUUGCGUGGAAAAGCACUUACGAUGUGAAGGAGCAGUUCAGCCAGACUCCAGAUACGCUGGGUGCUGAAGCCAAUUUUUCCAGGUUAAGCAGGGCCCAAAAUGUGGUUCCAGAACAGGUUUUGCAUAGCGUUAUUUUUGAAGUCACAGAAGAUGAGGAAGAGCAGAUCACUGCAGAAGAUCUUGAUGUUGGCAAUAUAACCACAAUAGAGAUUAGAUUUAACAAGCCAUUCUUUUUCCGAGUUUACGAUGGAGCGUCCAACGCUUUGCUGUUUCUUGGAAGAGUAAAGGAAUUUCCCUUAAAAUCUGAAUUAAAGAACUUUUAACACAUAAUGUAUUCCUGUUUAGUUGAUAAACUAAUCUAGGGAAAGAAGCAGGUAAACAUGAGGAAAUCUGCAGAUGCUGAAAAUUCAAAAUGCCGGUGGCAGCAUCUAUAGGAAGAAAUACAGUCGACGUUUCAGGCCGAGGCCCUACGUCAGGAAUAACUGAAAGAAGAGAUAGUAAGAGAUUUGAAAGUGGGGGGAGAGGGAGAUCUGAAAUGAUAGAAGAUAGGAGAGAGAGGGGUGAAGCUAAGAGCUGGAAAGUUGAUUGGCAAAAGUGAUACAGAGCUGGAGAAGGGAAAGGAUCACGGGAUGGGAGGCCAAAGGAGAAAGGGGGAGGGGAGCACCAGAGGGAGAUGGAGAGAAGGCAAGGAGUGAUUGUGAGAGGGACAGAGAGAGAAUUUUUUUUUUUAAAAAGGGGAAACAAACAAACAAACAAAUAAAUAAAUAAAUAGAUAGAUAGAUAGAUAGAUAGAUAGAUAAAUAAAUAAAUAAGGGGUGGGGUAAGAAGGGGAGGAGGGACAUUAACAGAAGUUAGAGAAAUCGAUGUUCAUGCCAUCAGAUUGGAGGCUACCCGGAUGGAAUAUAAGGUGUUGUUCCUCCAACUUGAGUGUGGCUUCAUCUUGACAGUAGAGGAGGCCAUGGAUUAAAUUACCUCGUCAAGAUCCAGAGUAACACACACAAAAUGCUGGAAGAACUCAGCAGGUCAGGCAGUAUCUAUGGGAAGGAAUAAAGUUGAUGCUUUGGGCUGAGACCCUUCAACAGCACUGGAAGCCAGGUGGGGGAGGGAGGAAAGGGAUACAAUCUGGCAGGAGACAGAUGAAGCAAGUGAGGGGGAAGGGAGGUGGAUGGGGGAGUGGGGAUGAAGUGAGAAGCUGAGAGGCAUUAGAUGGAAAAGGUAAAGGGCUAAGGAAGGAAUCUGAUAGGAGAGGAGAGUGGACCAGAAUUAGAAUCAGGUUUAUUAUCACCGGCAUGUGACAUGAAAUUUGUUAACUUAGACCAUGGGAGAGAUUAUUGUCAUAUACACAAGUUCAUUUGUGUAUGCACAGGUGCAAUGAAAAACCUAUUUGUAGAAAGUUGGAGAAUUCAAUAUGGAACCUGGAAUGCUGCAGUCGGCUGAGACGUAACAUAACAAGCUGUUCCUUAAGUCUCUGCUGGGUCUCAAUCAAAUAAGUGUAAGUCCAUUUUCAGCGGUUUUUCAGAAGCACCUUGCAAUAUGGAUGCAGGCCCUUCAGCCCAACUUGUAGAUGUUACCUCAAGGUGCCUACCUGAGCUAGUCCCAUUUUCUCAUCUUUGUCCCACAUCCCUCUAAACUUUUCCUAUCCAUGCACCUGUCCAAAUGUCUUUUAAAUGCUGUAGUUCCUGCCUACCCCACUUCUUCUGGUAGCUUGUUCCAAACAGCCACCACCUUGGUGUGGAAAAACUUGCCUCUCAGAUCACCGCUAAAUCUUUCCCCUCUCAUUUUAAACCUAUGCCCUUUAGUUUUAGACUCCAUUAACCUAGAACCAUCCACAAUGUGUAAGCCCUUCAUGAUUUAAAAAAUGUCUAUAAUGUCAAUCCUGAGCCUCCUCAGCCCUAGAGCAGAGUCCCAGCCUGCAACACAUAUCGCCCCAUCUAAUCUCUUAGCACUAUGGCAGUAAUAUACCGGCAUAGAUUAAGAAUUGGUUAAUGAAUAGAAGACAGAAGGUACCACGGUGUGGUAUGGGAACUGCACACUGUUGCAGACAGGAAGGCUCAGCAUGGGUAGUUAAAACUGCUCAAUGCAUUACUGGCAACAGUCUACCCACUGUCAAGGACAUAUAUAUAGAAAGCUGCCAGAAAAAGGCCAGCAAUAUUGUGGAGGAUCCCACUAACCCUGCUUAUGGACUGCUUGUCUCAGUCCCAUUAACCCAAAAACUUACAAACAGUUACUUCCCCCAAGCUGACAGGGUGAUCAACACUUACACCCAUUAACCCACCAUCACUACAUACACAUCACCUUGCAU